AUGUAUUAUGAUACAUCACCGGAAGAUUUCAAGCAGAGGCUUAAGAGGUUAGACUUCCCAAGCAACGAAAUCAUCCUUAACAUGAGAAGAGACCUUCUUGCUUCAAUAAAUAAAAAUAACGAGAAUAAGCAAUCAUCAAUACAUUUUUCUAGCAGAGAAGUAUCAUCAAGUCGAAGUAUUAUUACUGAAUCAACAGAUUUAGAUCGAUUACAAAGGACAAUAAAAGGAUUACAAAAUCAAUUACAGCUAUAUUCCGCAGAUUUAUCUUCAGAAGAAACAAAAUACAAAUAUUUAGAUGAUUGUAUUAUCAAUUUAAGAUCAGGGAGUGGAAAUGAUAAACUUAUUUUAAAAGAAAAUGAAUUAAUAUCAAAAAUAUCACAAAUUGAAAUGAAAUUAGCGAAUAACUUAAAACAAUAUAACGAAAAUACUGCUAGAUUAGCAGCAAAACAACUUCAAUUAGAAGAAAUUAAGGCAAAGAAAUUGAAAAUUCAAGAACAGAGCCAGCAAGUUUCAAAGUAUGCUACUCCAAAGUCAAGUACUGAUAAUUUUAUUCAAAUGUAUAAAGAAAAAAGCGAAGGAUUGCAUAUUGGAUCGAUUGAUUCAAAAGAUGAAAAAAUGGUUAAACAAGAACUCGAGAAUCUAUCAAAAAUAAUAGAUAUGAAGCGUGCAAUAAUUCGCAGACAGUCAGAUAACCAAGCAAACCAAAAUGAAACAAUUCAAAAUAGUAUUAAUGUAUAUCAAGAUAAACUGAAUAAAGCAAUAGAGUUUCUUCAUGUUAAAAGUUUUGAUGAGAUAUUUGCUGAAGCAGAAAAACUUGAACAAGAAAAUAAUACUUUAUUCAGUUCUAUUUUCGAAACAAAUGAGAAAAAGAAGAAAUUACAGGAAGAAGCAAAUUCUCUUGAGACACAACUUGAAGCUCUUGAAGAAAAGCAGGACCAACAACAGUCGCAAAUCAAUUAUGAAGAUGAAAAAAUGUAUUCAGAAGUAUUUAAAGAAUUGGAAGAUAUUUUUAACAUGCUCGGAUGUUCUUGGGAUGUAUCUCCAGAUGAAAAAGCAAGAGUUACCCAAUACAAUGCAAUUUUUGCACUUAAUUCAAUAGAAACCUCAAUUAGUAAUUUCCUAGACGAAGUUAAGAAGAAACCUGCACAGCACUAA